AUGGACCUGUCGCCUGGAGGGCGCUACUAUGGUGAGCAGGGACCAAGUGCGGAAGUCCCUCUUGAGGAGGGCGCGGCAGAACAAGUGCAACCAUUUGUGCAAGCAGCACAAGGGGCACAACAAGUGCAACCGUUUGUGCAAGCAGCACACGGACUUCGCCACAAAGAGCUUCGCGCCUUCGUGCUGGAGGAGAAGGGUCUGGCGAUGAGCGGCGAGGACUUCGAGGUGAAGACGCCGGAGGGGCAGCUGGUGCUGAAGAUCAACGGCGGCAACCGGGUGCCCAUCCCCGGCGUGGUGUGGGACAAGUUGUCCUUGGUCACCGCCGGCGGCCAAGAGAUCGCGACGUUGGAUCGACAAGCUUUCGCCAUGACGGCCUCUUACGACCUCAAAAGGGCGGAUGGGCAAAAGUUUGGGCGCAUCUCCAAAGCAAUGUUUGCGUUCACCAGUACCUUUGAACUCUACCAGGAGGAUGAUCCUGAGGGCGGUCCUUUGCUGAAAGCCGAAGGCUCCUUCAGCGAUAAGAACUAUGUCAUGAAAUCGCGUUCCGGUCGAGUCGUGGCCACCGUCACGCGUUUGAAGGGCUUCACAGGGG